AUGGUGCACAAACUUCUGCUGCACAUCGUGAAGAACAACUCGGGUGUGACACCAGCUGGGCAGUGUGGGACCUGGAUAAAGGAGCCUGAGGGAGGGUAUUUCACCUCACCCAACUACCCAGAGAAAUACCCUCCUGAGAGAGAAUGUGUCUAUAUUAUUGAAGCCUCUCCACGACAGUGCAUCGACUUGUUUUUCGAUGAGAAGUAUUCAAUCGAGCCAUCCUGGGAGUGUAAAUUCGACCACAUCGAGGUACGGGAUGGGCCAUUCGUGUUCUCUCCAAUCCUCGGGCGGUUCUGUGGGCCGGAAAGCCCUUCAUAUGUCCGCUCCAGUGGGAGGUACCUGUACAUCAAGUUUGUGGCUGAUGGGGAACUGGAGGCCAUGGGUUUCUCUGCCCAUUAUAACUUCACACAAGAUCCAGAGUUUACUGGAGCUGGGGAACUGCCAGCUCUGCCAUUUUGUGAGUUUGAGCUGAGCGGUCCAGAAGGCUUUGUAGAAUCAGGCCAGAUAGCCGGGGAGAGCCGAGCGCUGCAGACUGAGGCUGUAGACUGCAGGUGGUUCAUCAAGGCUCCACCAAGAGCUAGGAUCUACUUGCGUUUCCUGGAAUAUGAGAUGCACAACUCGAACGAGUGCAAGCGUAACUUCGUUGCCAUCUACGACGGCAGCAGUUCGGUUGAGCACCUGAAGAAUAAGUUCUGCUCCACGGUGGCCAACGAUGUCAUGCUGGUGUCUUCUGUGGGUGUGGUGAGGCUGUGGGCAGAUGAGGGUAGCAGGAAGAGCAAAUUCAGGAUCCUCUUUACAACUUUCCAUGAGCCUCCAUGUGAAGGAGAAACUUUCUUUUGCCAUAGCAACAUGUGCAUCAACCAAACGCUGGUCUGCAACGGUAUCCAGAACUGUGUUUUCCCAUGGGACGAGAAUCACUGCAAAGAGAAAAGGCAGGCCAGUAUUCUGGACACACUGGAUGGCACUAACAUGGCUAUUAUCGGCGUCACCUGUGGCCUGGUUCUUAUCCUGCUCAUCAUCUCUGUCAUCAUCCAGGUCAAACAGCCUCGCAAGAAAUACAUAAUUCGCAGAGAUGACUUUGACCCUGCCCUCCUCCACCCUGGUUUUGAGCCUCCUCAUUACGAGCUCUGCACUCUGCGCCGCACCCCCUCCGGCGACGUGAACGAUGCCGCCAUGGCCGAGGACUAUGAGAAAUUUCACAAGCUCCGACGCUCCUCCUCCAAAUGCAUCCGUGACCACCAUUGUGGCUCUUUCCCGGGGAGCAUGCAUGGCAGUGUCCACGGUAGUCGCAGCAACCUGAGCAUGAGGGACGCAACCAUAGUGGCUGAUGGGGGGGGCCUCGUGCCACCACCACUGCCUCCAGGGAUGGGCAGCCAACAGUCACCGCACCUCUCCCAACAUACCACACCCGCAGGACACAGGAGCAUCCUGAUGAUGAAGCAUAGCUACUCUCAGGAUGGGGCAGAGGGCUACAGGGCAGAAGAGGACGAGGACUUUAUGAUGGAUGACGGUCCCACCAUCAGCCAGCAACGCAUGUACCACCAUCAUAUGCACCAUGGCACUUCAGGGCAGGACCAUACCGUCCACCGUACACUGUCUAAUGACUUCUAA